CACUGCUGGGCACAGGUGGGCGCACUGCUGGGCACAGGUGGGCGGAACUGGUGGGUGGCACUGCUGGUCCCCGAUCAUCAGGGCACUGAUCAUCAGUGCCCUGAUGAUCGGUGCCGUGAUAUGCAGCAACAAUGGGUGGCACUGACAUUGCUGGUUAUCUUCAGUAUUUUCCUCAAUCUGUGACAGGAUGAGGAAAGUGCUGCUGAUAACCUGCAACUAUUUAUUGGUGAUCUGC